CUGAGCCUGAGCGAUCAUGGCAACGGGCUCGGGCGGGGAGCGGUUGGCAGUGGCGGCAGCAGAGGCAGUGGCGGCAGCUUGGUCGCGGGCCUGGGCGGCAGAGCGGCGGCGGCGGCGGUGGCACUGGCACCGGCACCGACCCUGAGCGCCAUGCGGCGAGGCAGCUCCAAGAGGGAGCUGGCGGCUCAGUCGGAGGUGGAGGCGGUAGCCGCGGCCAAAGCAGAGACUGAGGCCAACGCGGGGGUGACGGCCGGACAGACCGGCGUGGACUCGGGCGCGGCCGGGGAGCCCGAGAGCAAGGCCGGGGAGCAGCAGUCCCAGGCCCCGGGCCCGGGCCCGGAGCAGCCCUGCGCGGAGGAGGGGGAUGCCCGCGUUCCCCCGCGGCGGCCGCCCACGCUGCACGCGCACAAGCCGAAGCCGGCGCGGGACCUCUGUCCACACGGGAAGCCCAGGGUCAAGGGCUCAAGCUGCAGGCGGAGUGUCCGCCGUCCAGAGGAGCAGAGCUCACAGCGGCCAGUCACCGUGGACAGCUCCAAGGCCAGGACCUCCCUGGACGCCUUGAAGAUCAGCAUCCGCCAGCUCAAGUGGAAGGAGUUCCCAUUUGGCCGACGCUUGCCUUGUGACAUCUACUGGCAUGGAGUUUCAUUUCAUGACAAUGACAUAUUAUCCGGUCAAGUGAACAAGUUUCCAGGCAUGACGGAGAUGGUGCGCAAAGUGACCCUGAGCAGAGCGGUCAGAAUGAUGCAGAAUCUCUUUCCUGAGGAGUACAACUUCUAUCCUCGCUCAUGGAUUCUGCCAGAGGAGUUCCAGCUCUUUGUCACUCAGAUUCAAAUGGUAAAAGAUGACAACCCCUCCUGGAAGCCCACUUUCAUUGUGAAACCUGACGGUGGCUGUCAAGGUGAUGGAAUCUACCUCAUUAAAGACCCCAGUGACAUCCGGCUGACUGGGACCCUCCAGACCAGGCCAGCAGUUGUCCAGGAGUACAUCUGCAAACCUCUCCUUAUCGACAAGCUCAAGUUUGACAUUCGUCUGUAUGUCUUGCUGAAAUCCCUAGACCCCUUAGAGAUUUAUAUAGCCAAAGAUGGACUCUCUAGAUUUUGUACAGAGCCAUAUCAGGAGCCCAGUUCCCAAAAUCUGCACCGGGUCUUUAUGCACUUAACCAACUAUUCACUGAAUAUCCACAGCAGCAACUUCAUCCACUCGGAUAAUGCCAGCACGGGCAGCAAAAGGACUUUUUCCAGCAUUCUUUGUAAGUUGUCUUCCAAAGGUGUUGACAUCAAGAAGGUCUGGUCUGACAUCAUCUCCUUGGUGAUCAAGACUGUCAUCGCCCUGACUCCAGAGCUCAAAGUUUUCUACCAGUCGGACAUCCCCACAGGGAGGCCGGGGCCCACCUGCUUCCAGAUCUUAGGCUUUGACAUUCUCCUGAUGAAAAAUCUGAAGCCCAUACUACUUGAAGUAAAUGCAAAUCCCAGCAUGAGGAUUGAACAUGAGUGUGAACUUUCUCCAGGGGUGUUCGAAAAUGUCCCCAGCCUUGUGGAUGAGGAGGUGAAAGUGGCUGUGAUCAGAGACACGCUGCGCCUCAUGGACCCCCUUAAGAAGAAGAAAGAGAACCGGUAUCAGCAGCUCCAAAAACCAGUGGCCAGAAAGGAAGACUCUCUGGACAGUGACCUGGCCCCAGACUCCAGUCCUGAAGCCCACCUGCCCUCCAUUUGCCUCAAGCAGGUGUUCCCCAAGUACGCAAAGCAGUUCAACUACCUGCGCCUGGUGGACAGGAUGGCAAAUUUGUUUAUCCGGUUCCUGGGAAUCAGGGGGACAAUGAAGUUGGGACCAACCGGCUUUCGUACCUUCAUAAGGAACUGCAAGCUCAGCAGCAGCAGCUUGUCCAUGGCUGCCGUGGAUAUUCUGUACAUUGACAUCACGAGGAGGUGGAACUCCAUGACCCUGGACCAGCGGGACUCAGGGAUGUGUCUGCAGGCGUUUGUAGAAGCUUUCUUUUUUCUGGCCCAGAGGAAGUUCAAGAUGCUGCCGCUCCACGAACAGGUGGCCUCGCUGAUCGACCUGUGCGAAUACCACCUGUCCCUGCUGGACGAGAAGCGCCUGCUGUGCAGCCGGGGUGGCUCUGCGGGGAGCCAUCUCUCCCAAGGCAGCUCGCCCCAGGGCGCCUGCCCUGCAGCCCAGCCUGUGGUGGGCAACCCCCCACUCCGCACCAACGGUGCUAGUAAGUGCUCCUAUCCCAGACACACUCUGUCCUGAAGGCCCUCUUGUCUGCCCAGGAGAAGCGAGUGCCCUUCAGGGCUGAAGGGAGCCCCCCGGGCUCCUGCCUGUGGGGGACACAGGCCGUGGAGGAUCCCAUCGGAGGUUCCGGUUCGGUCCCCUGUUCUGCCGCACUCCUGCUUUGCGAGGCUGACUCUUGCCCGCCUUUCUCCCCACGCCUCUUGGAGACCCACCCUGUUUUGGAGCCAUCAGUGGACAUAUGACAUCUGAAAUGUGACAGAUGGCACCUUCUAUUCUGGGCUCACAGGAAGCACCAACCAGGGCAAAUCUGCCGUGCUUGGGGCGGGAGGGCACAGCCACUCCUGACACGGAGAGCCGCAGAGAGGAAGCUGAGACCUAGAGUGUGCGGCAGCCUCCGAGAGCCACCGGUUAAAGUCUGAGAACAUCACGUUCAUUUCCUACCACCCAUUCUCCAAAAAUGAAGUGGAGAUACCAAGUAGGCCGACACGAACCUCCCGCCCCAAUCAUGUGCUACACGGGUGUAGUUAACAGAUUAGCCUCAUUUAUUUCAUUAGCUUGCCUGUUGCUGCAAUGUUUGCUUUGUUACUAAUUAAGAAAUAAUUACCAUGUAACUAAGUUAGGCUCCUAGAGCCUAUGAGCCAGCAGGAGACUCACAGGCCCUUUUGUUUGAGUUUAUUUGGCCUUGACCCCAAAGCAGGAAUUCCAUCUUUAGCCUCCCUGUCCAGAUGGUCCUGUGGCCUCAGUGGACCCCUGCAAGGGUGAAGCUCUGGUCCCAAGGACAAGGGCCCCAUGUACCCAACACUGUGCUGAUAGUUAUCAGGAAGGGUAGUGAGCUUCAGAGAAAAGACAUGAGAUCCAGGUAAGAACCAGGGGAAGAAGGAUGUAUGUGGAGGGAGGUACACUGUGAGGAACAGAUUUUUCAAGACCCCCCCCCCCCGUGCCUGCUCUUCUGUACCCUUUGGACAGGACAAAUGGAAAGUGAAAGGCCCCAGUAGAGUAGAUAGAUGUGUCAGGGCACCCUUGUCAUCAGCUGGGGACUGCAAAGAGUCUUUUAAACAGAGUUCUAGCUUGACACGUCCCCAGGUGGGUCUUCAGAGAGUGCUAGCUUGCCAAAAUGGAGAGCAAUCUUCAAGCCUAAAACCAACCAAGUACACUGGAUUGGGGUUGGGGUAGGAAACAAUGAGGCUGAAUUUCAGCCACCUGGUUUGGGAUGACAUAAAAAUGUCAGCACUCAUGGUGAGAGAUGUCCUCUGCACCCCCACCUGCCCAUCAUAUGCAAGCAGGUCACUGUCAGUUCUGGAGCCCCUAGUGCUGGAAGGAGUCCCCUCUUUUGUGGACAGGACCCUGGGGAAGCCCUGUGUUCUGGAGGACGUGGAAUCUUGUCUGUGACUCAUAGGGAAAUGAGGUUGCCAUCAUGAGAGCCAGCGAGGCUGGGCAGGCCCAGAGACCCCUGAGUGCAGAGCUCAGGGUCCCCUGCACGGGGCUGCAGCCCAUUCUUAGAAGGGCCCUGGGGAUCCUCCCCAGCUCUUCUCCCCCCGCCCUGCCUGCCCUUCCGCCCCCUCCUACUGCUGUCCAUCAGCUGAGCUCCUGAAGGGCCAGGCUUCCAGGGGGUGUGGAAAGAAGGUGUAAGAAGAUGGUCUCAGCCUGGACUCCUUUAGGACAGGUACAUCCAAGUCUAAAUCCGUGGAGUGUCCAGGGAGGACAACGACUUCCAGAGAACAGACGGAUUGGCCCAGGCCAUGCCUUCCACAGGUGCCAGUCUUGCCCCUUUGGUGUCCCUGUCCAGCUUCCUCGUGUCUUGUGUGGUGACCUUGCCUGUGCCUGUCCUUCCAGCCCCCAGGGAAGUAGGCUCCAUUUCCUGUAUUCAGGAAAGGAGUCUUGUCCCCACUGGCCUGGCUGGAAGGAAGCCUGUAGUGGGGGCUGCAAGAUGCACGGGUUCAGGGCAGUCGUUAGCAAGUGCUGGGCCCUGUGGGCAGAGCAGGGCCUUCGGGAGAGCAGAGCCGCAGGCCCCGAACAACCCUCUUUGGUUCCUCUUAUUCCUCCUCAUGAACUCUGUCUACUCUCCUAGCUCAACCCUCACCUCUUGCCUGGACUUCAUUGGUGUCCAUUCACUGCUCAGCCCCUCCCACCACCCUCCACCUCUAUAGGCUAAGGGCACUGGAGAGCCACAGAUGACCAAGCUGUCCCCAGGGAGGCCCUCCCUUCCUAUUCACGCCUGGACACCAACCCUCCUGGCCAGGCUCUCCCAGGGCUCUUUGUAUCUGUCAUUGUCAGACAGGAAGAGAAUGUAGCAUUUCCCACCCAUGGGAAGGUGCCAGCAGGGACCUGCCCUUGUCCCCACCCUGCUGCUCCUGCUCCCUUGGCCCUCUGGACAAUGGUAAAUAAUGGCUCCCUUCAAGGUCCAGCUCUAAUACCCCACAGCAGUCCCCCAUGCAGAAAGAACAGCUCCCAUAUCCAUCUGAGACCCUAGGAAGUCCCUCUGUUACCAGGCCCACCCCGGGGGCACAGAGAGAGGCCCCUGGAGGUGCUUGUUGAAAUUACAGGAUACCGAGCAGCCCAAGGGAGGAGGCUCCUUGCCGGUUCCUUCUCUCCAUGGCCUGCAGAUGCCCUCCAGGAUCUUGGUUUUCUGCGCCUUGCCAAGCCUGUUUGCUGAACACCUCAACAUUCCCAGCUGCCUGGUCUUCUCCCCGAGCAUGGCAGCCAUCCCAUAAGCUCCCACCCCACCCUAGUUGACUUUUCUGGCCCUGGGAAUCUCUCUGUGUGCCCCGGCUCAGAUCUUGGCCCUGUCUCCCUGCCUUUCAUCCCUGGAGAUGGAGGAUGGUGCUCACCAUGGCUCCUCAGUCCAGCAGCCAGCCCGUCUCUCCCCUGACACCAACAUGUUUUUGUGCGGGGUGUUUAGUUCAGAGAAGGUCAUCCUGCUGGGAGUGCAGAUAGUAUGGGAGUGGGACCGGACAGGGCCAGGGAGGACUAGACAUUUGUAACGGUGUCCUGGGCCUUUCUGGAACCGACUCCCUUUCCUGAGUGAAUUAAACAACGUAUGUUCAGGGCCUCUCGGUUCACAAAGUCCUUUCAUAUCCAUCUUCUCAUUUGAUCCAAUGACCCAGAGAAGGGUAAGGGUUAUCAUCACUCUCUUUUCUGAUGUCCAGGAGGUCACAUGGCUUGUCCAAGGUCUCCAGGCUAGUGAAGGACAGAGCCAGGACUCAUUCCAAGGACCCUGGCCCCAGAGCCACGUUCUUUCCUCCACCCCAUCGCGGAUCUUGGCCCCAUUCAGCAGAUGUGGAAAGCCACGUUUCGGAGGACCUGAUGUUUGCCCAGCAAAUACGCAGGCGUUGUGAGGGCAAGGGGCUCUCUGACCUGCUCUUGACCUUCCGCGCCCUUCAGGAAGGCUCUGCGGGCCACACAGACCAGACAGGAAGAGCUCCAGGCCUUCAGCCACCAAACAGGGACACAAUAUCCUCUCUCACUUAAUCUUGGGAACAUUAGGUGAGAUAAUGGAAAGCAUAAUAAAUGUGAGAGAGUUUUGUAAACCAAAGUGCUACUAAAAUGCAAUGUCACCUUCAGACUGGCUUCUGGUUUCCUACAAAGUAGAGCGGGAGGAAGGUAAAAGCUUCCCUGAAAGAUGUCCGAAGACAAAUGAAGCCAAAGUGGUCAGCUCCUCUCCCUUCCCUCCUCCCCCUCCCUGCGUCCUCACAUAUUUAAAGAUAGUCACAGCCUGAAGCACGGUCCCUGCUGUUCCUCUGACGUCUGGGAUUUUCUUUGUGAUUGGCACAGUGUUAACUCCAAAAUAGCUUAAUUUUUUUUUUCUUACAUUUCUUGACUAAUGUCCUAAACCUCCUCGUCCCUGUAAUUGAGACCUUCAGUGUUCAAGCACCUUUUCUCCAAGUUCAGAAGCGAUGAACUCUCCCAUCAGGGAGCUGGCACUCCCAGGGUCCGAGAGAGCUGUCCCGGCUCAGUGAGGAGGAUUCACCACAGUGCGUUUUAACCUAAAAUCCACCUCGCUGAGACUGAUAUUUUCUGUCAGUCUCCUAUUUGGUUUGAUGAAUGCAAGAGAAAUUCUCCCACAUGGCAUAUAAAUUUUUUCCUUACAAAAUAAGCCCAUUUUUGCAGAGACAAAGGAACUCCACAGAACAGUCACCAUGUUCAAUUGCCUUCGUCUCUUGUAACCAACCGUCUUAAGUAACUAGAAAAACCAUACAGCCUCUCUCUCUCUCUCUCUCUCUCUCUCUCUCCACACACACACACACACACACACACACACACACCAUGAGUUUGGGUAUAAAAUGGUAAAAUCACCCGUGUUACCCUCAUUUCUGGCAAUCUGCUCCUGAGUCUGAUUUAAAGAACUCAGGAAGAAGGGCUCUGUGCAGCCCGGGGCCGCUCAGCGAAGGGCUCCUGGGAGGCACUUCCUCCCACAUGAAGGGAAGUGUUUGCCGAGAGUCCAACCAGGUUUCUCGUCCUGGCCCCUGGACAUGGCUCCUCACUCUGACUCCCCCAGGACCCACCCAGACUUCAGGGAUAUUUUCCCUUCAGAACAUCUUGCAUCAGAAGGAAGAAUCCCAGAGGAGGCCGCGAACUGUUCUAGAAGGAUGGAGGGCUCUGGAGCCAGACCUGAGCCUGGAUUUUGCUCUGUUACCCUCUCCACCCCUGAAUCAUGGACCAGUGACUUCCCCGCCCUGACCCCUGUCCCUUGCCUGUGCAGCGGAGAUCACGUCAUGACGGAUGCCAACAACCUGGUGGGGGACUUGGCACCUGGAAAGUGUCUUCUAAACGUCUGUUGAGAAAAGGCCUGGUCUGCAUAUGCUGAAGCCCAGGCAUGUGGGGAACACUGCUGCUGCCCCAUCAGCCCCUGCUCGGAGGAGGCUCCUGCGGGUCUGGCCAGACCCCAUGGGCUCAAGCCUUCCUCCCCAGAGCCCAGCUCUGCCUCCAAGAAGCUGCUGCUCCUGCCUCUUAAAAGCCUUUAAAAAUUCUUUAUUAAAUUUUCAUGGCGCAUGAAGUCAAGGUUCUGUUACUUGGCCUCAGUUGUCUUGGUAACUUCGUAAAAUGCAAUAAUAAAACGAAGCUGAGUGUUGCUAACCACAGGCUCAUUGUAUAAAUGGCUGCGGAGUAUUGACAGUUUCUUCUGCAUGAUAAUCUCUGACAGCAAAUCCACCGGGGUGGACAGUGCUUGUUCAUUUUGGGUCAAUUGGUGAGAAAAGGGCACCUUUUAAUUUUUUGUCUCCUCACAGUCAAUGUUUGCCCGGGAAGCUAACUAUUGCCUCAAGGAGGAGACCUGGGGGAGCGAGAGGAAGGAGUUUGGGAAAUCUUGCAACCUUUGAUCUGCUGGGGAAGGGCCUGUCCCUAGAGUGAGGCCACAUGUCAGAGACUGUGGCAGGGACACCUGUCCCUGGGAGAAAGGACGACCCUUGUGGCUCCGUGUGUGUGGCAGUCACUGUGUGGACUUGGGCUAAGCAGGUGUGCUCUGUAAGUUUUAGUCCCGCUAGGACUGCACCACCCAGGCCCCUCCCAGUACUGCUGGUGCACCUGGGCUCUGUCCCCAGGAGCGAGGCUUCACCCCCUCCCAACGCCUCCUCCCCACGCCUCCUCCCCCUCAGCCCUCUGGGAGCGACAUAUGUUCACUCUGAAUAUUUCCCAGACUCUGGACCACCCGGUGGUAAGUGGAAAGCAGAUGGCCUGGAGUUAAAAAUAAAGUGAGACCCCAGCUCCCUGGAAAGCUCCACCCCGCUGUGGCAUCAGAGACAUGCACGUUUCACACAGUCCUGCGUGGUGGGAAGCCACCUAGGCAGGCACCUCCUUGGGUUCCUCGUGGUUGUCAUUUUAUGAAGUAUUCAGAUCCUAUCCGGGCCUCGUGCCUCUCCUCUGUGUGCCAGCCGUUCAGUCCUGGGUUCCUGUGUCAAGAUGGUGGCUCUGCAGUGUGGUAGAGCUGUCAUCCCGCUGUCUGCUGCAGAAGCCUACAUUUGCCUGCCAGGAGUCCCAGAGCCAGGCGGGGAGGAGGCAGCCACAGCAGCCUGCGAGUCCACCCUGCCUCAGCCCUCUGCCUCCAGGACAGGUGUGUCUUUGGGGAUUGAGUGGAGAUGGUUGAGUCCAGAAGGGCCCUUGCACCCUGCUGCCGCCCACAGGAGCCCUGGGCAUUAGGUGGUGGCCCUCAGGGUCCGGCCCCACCUCUGCCGUGAACCCAAGCAGCUCCAGCUCCCCCUCCAGGCGUGAAGGGCUUCAGGGUAAGACAGGACUGCAGUGAAGCCUCUCCAUGUGACAAAUGAGGCAAGGGAAGCCCAGAGGGCCCAAGGCCCUUGUCCCUGUGCCCAGCAAGGAAGGGACAGGAGUGAAGGCUCUUCAGUGAAGGAUUCUGUUUCACUCUGAUCAGAGGAAGCAGCCAAAGUCAGCACCAGCCCUCAGCCAACGCUCCAUCAAACACUCACUACAGAGGGAGCCCAGAGGGCUCAGGCUCCAGGGCUUCACAGCAGGAUUCCGCUCUUACCUGGUUUGUCUGUUUGGAUUGCACUUAAGGCAGAAGUCUCAAAUGCUAUCUUCAUCUUUCCAGCUUUUUACCUGUGAGAUAAAUGACAGGUUUUUUUGUUUUGUUUUUUUUUUUACAAAGCUGGGAGCCUAGGAAAAUUUAAUUCUCCAAGGUCAUGACCACCAAGCACUUCUCCCAACCACCUGAGCCCAGCCACGAUCCUGGGCACUGCCUGAGCCACUGUGGCUCCUAAUGUUGGGUGUAUCAUGCUGGCCAUGGUGCAAGACUCUGGGCCAGUCCACUCCAGAGCUCAAGAGAGGAGCUGGCCCCCCAGAUUGUAUGGGCAUCAAUCCAUUUAGGCUGCCAUAACAAAGUGCCAUAAAUUGGGUGGCUUAUAAAUAACAGAAAUUUAUUUCUUCCAGUUUGGGAAGAUGGAAGUCCAAGAUCAGUAUGCCAGCAUGCUCAGGUUCCCACGAGGGCCCUCUUCUAGGCUGCAGACUGGCAUCUUCUCGCUGUAUCCUUCUCUGGCAGAAAGAGAGCAAGAGAGCUCUCUGGGGUCCCUAUUAUAAGGGCAUGAAUCUCCACCCCUGACCUAAUCACAGAGGCCCCACCUCCUAAUCCCAUCUCUGGGGGUGAGGAGUUCAUCAAAUUAAUAGGGAGGAGAGGCAAACAUUUAGUCCAUUGCAACUGGCUUUUCUCACUCCAGUGGGAUGAUUUGGGAGAACUUGGAGACCAGCGCUGAGCUUACCUCUUGCUUAACUCUGAUCAAGAGACACUGGUUGUGCUGGCAUAAAACAGGGCCCAGACUGAUGGGCAGAAGUACAGGCAUGGCCCAAAGAGGCCAGCGGAAGCCCCCAUGUAUCUGAAGCCUCUGGCUUUAACUUUAAAAGUCCUGUGAAUAAUGCACUCUACUCCAUAUCAUAUACUUAUUUUAGUUAGGUAGGUUAAGCUCUACUGAGAUAAUAAAUAAACUGAACCAGCAGAGGUUUGUUUCUUGUUCAUGCAGAUGUUGCCACAGGUCAAGUGGCCCUCCAGGAUGAUUCUCCUCCACUUGGCUCCUGCUGCUUCCAGCCCGCAUUCUUCCAUGUCCGUGGCCUCCAGUUGCCUCAGCAAAGAAAAGACAGAGGAUGACAGGUGCUUGCUCUGAGUGCAGCCAACUCCACCUCUAUCCACACACCCUUGGCUAGAAUGCUGUCACCUAGCCUGUACAAAGAUGCUGGUACAGGGGUAUGUGUCCUCCAUACCCCAAGAGAAAAGAAUGAAAUGGGACUGGGUGAUCACAAAGAUAAUAUUGUUUUGCCACUAUACAUAUUUCUCUUUUUUUAACAAUAUCUUUAUUUUUUUUUUAUUUUAUGUGGUGCUGAGGAUCAAACCCAGUGCCUCAUGCAUGGUAGGUGAGCACUCUACCUCUGAGCUACAAUCCCAGUCCCACAUAUUUCUUUUAAUAUAAUUGUUUCUCUCCCUCUUAACCUUCAAGUAAAAUGGCUGCUCCAAGAAAAA